CUUUUGCGAUUCUCAGUUUAAAAAGAAUUAUUGAUUACUGUAUAUUAAUUCAUCUAGGGUUGAAAAUAAUCCUCAGUUAUCAACUAAACGCGAUUUUCAUUAAAGCUUAAAUGUACCAUAUAGUUAGUAAAUUGGCUCACGUUAUGCUAUAACUUGUUAGGUUAGACCUGUGUUGACAUUAAUAACAUCUCCAAGCAUUCCAAGAUUUGUCCCAAACACAUAGGCCCUAAGAUAUGGACUCAAAGGAUUGGAACAUGACCCAACCCCCCACUGCCUUGGACAAUCUGACAGCAGCUCUGAAGGGGAACAUUAUACCAAACCAGGAAUAUCUGCUGCAAGGCAGUGUCAUCGAUUCUGCUGUUGAAGUUCUGCUACACAGGCUUCGAGGACUGUGUGAUAAUGUUGACUCUGGACCAGAAACAUUUCAUGACCACGAAAUGUGUUUUACUCUCCGAGGGACCACAGCCCAGCUCCAGGCCAGCUUAAUGUUGCGUGUUAGAAGAGCAAUGGACUACCCGGAGAUGCCAUGGCAGCUGAGGUACAUUGGUCAGCCAGAGCUCGGCACAGGUGACAAGUCUCGGCCGACCAUUGUCCGCAACAGUAUUGACAUUGGCACCAGCAACACAGUUGUUGAAUUCCUCACUGAGCUCGGCUGCAGGCUGGACUUUGAGUAUACUGCGAGAGGUUACAUGUUUCGCAAGGGCCGGAUGAAGAUCACUGUGUCCAAGAUAUUUAAGAUGGUGCAACCCAAACCACCAGACAGCAUGGAGCCUAUCUCUCAGUCGUACCUUGUUGAGCUCAGCGUGUUGGCACCACUGGGACAGGACGCCAUUGCUGAGGACAUGCGACUGUUUGCGGAACAGCUGCGACCACUCGUUCAGUUGGAGAAGGUGGACUACAAGAGACUGCCUUUGCCCAUGGGGCCAUAGAUCAUAAAGUGUGAAUCAUGUGGAUUUCAAUAUUUUUUGUAUAUAUUUAAUUUAGUAAGUUAAUUAAAUGUACAGUAUUUAUUUUUAUUCU